AUGGAGGGCACGCAAUAUUAUAGCCGGCUGGUGGAGCUGAACAUGCUAGCGGAGAGUAUCUUCUGCCAGAACAGGCAGCUAAUCCUCAUCGACAACAACCUGAACGGAGUCAGAACAACCAAGGGGGGAUACCGGCGAAACGAGAUUGAUAACAAAUUCGGAAAGCUGGGCACGUAUAGCAAUCUGUUCAUUACGCUCAGCAAGGCUCAGAUAAACGAGCACCUGGAUAGCGUCGAGAAGGUCCUUUCGGAACGGAGAGACAAAUUAAGGGAAAGGAGGAAAGUGCUGAUUAGGGAGUUGGUGAAGUUGAACCCCAGCGUGACGGAAAUGCCGCUGGAGGAGGCCAAGUUCCUGCUCAGGUGA